GAGGGGGUUCCUUUUCUCACUGAAACCGGAAGUGAGUGACGGCGGCGCUCGAAAGCGUUUAAGUGUGAAAAGUUUUUCACUUUUGAGGAAUUCAGUGAUCAGGAAGUGAUUUGGAGCUCAGGGAGAUUUACAGCGGAGUGAUUUACACCCUCACAGCGACCUCAAGCCUUUAUUACAGUCCGCAGAGUCCGAGUUUAAGAACUUAAUCCGGGCAAAGUUUGUUUCUGUGUGUGUGUGUGUGUGAGUGUGUGUGAGAGAGAGAGAGAGAGAGAGAGAGAGAGAGAGAGUGUGUGAGAGUGUGUGUGUGUGUGAGAGAGAGAGUGCGUGAGUGUGUGUGUGUGUGAGAGAGUGCGUGAGUGUGUGUGUGUGUGUGUGAGAGAGAGAGAGAGUGAGUGUGUGUGUGAGAGAGAGAGAGAGAGUGUGUGUGUGUGAGAGAGAGAGAGUGUGUGUGUGAGAGAGAGAGUGCGUGAGUGUGUGUGUGUGAGAGAGUGCGUGCGUGAGUGUGUGUGUGUGAGAGAGAGAGAGUGUGUGUGUGAGAGAGAGAGAGUGUGUGUGUGUGUGUGUGUGUGUGAGAGAGAGAGAGUGCGUGUGUGAGAGUGUGUGUGUGUGAGAGAGAGAGAGAGUGCGUGUGUGAGAGAGUGUGUGUGUGUGUGUGUGAGAGAGAGUGAGAGUGUGUGUGAGAGAGAGAGAGAGAAAAGAUUGCCGCUCGCGCAGUUCGCGGAUCCGUGGCAGAAGCCGGAGCUCGGACCGGAGGUUGAAAUAAUUGAUGACACGAUGGGGGAGGAGGACGCUCCGCUGACUGAUGAAGGUCUGGUGAAGGAGAUCACAAUCACACACCUGGUGAAGAAGGGAUCAGAGAAAGCAGAUCCAAGACACUUUGAGCUCUGCAAAGUCCUCGGUCAGGGAUCCUUUGGCAAGGUUUUCCUUGUGAGGAAGAAAAUGGGGCCGGAUGCAGGACAGCUCUACGCCAUGAAGGUCCUUAAAAAGGCAACACUGAAAGUGAGAGACCGUGUGAGGACAAAGAUGGAACGAGACAUCCUGGUGGAGGUGAAUCACCCGUUUAUUGUCAAACUGCACUACGCGUUUCAGACGGAAGGGAAACUGUAUUUAAUCCUGGACUUCCUGAGAGGAGGAGAUUUAUUCACACGCCUCUCUAAAGAGGUGAUGUUCACAGAGGAGGAUGUGAAGUUCUAUCUAGCUGAAUUAGCUCUGGCUCUGGAUCAUUUACACAGCCUGGGGAUCAUCUACAGAGACCUCAAACCUGAGAAUAUCCUUCUGGAUGAAGAAGGUCAUAUUAGACUCACUGACUUUGGCCUCAGUAAGGAGUCUGUAGAUCAUGAGAAUAAAGCGUACUCGUUUUGUGGAACUGUGGAGUACAUGGCACCUGAGGUGGUGAACCGCAGAGGCCACACCCAUAGCGCUGACUGGUGGUCGUAUGGUGUUUUAAUGUUUGAGAUGUUGACAGGGAUGCUGCCGUUUCAGGGACGAGAUCGUAAAGACACCAUGACCAUGAUAUUAAAAGCGAAGUUGGGGAUGCCGCCGUUUCUGAGUGUUGAAGCUCAGUCUCUUCUGCGCAACCUGUUUAAACGAAACCCAGGAAAUCGACUUGGAGCCGGGCCUGAUGGAGUCGAGGAGAUCAAAAGACAUUCGUUCUUCACCACUAUCGACUGGAAUAAGCUGUUCCGCAGAGAGAUGGAGCCGCCAUUUAGACCAGCGGUUGGUCGACCGGACGACGUUGUUUACUUCGAUGCUGAGUUCACUGCGAAAACUCCCCGAGACUCCCCUGGCGUGCCUCCCAGUGCGAACGCUCAUCAGCUCUUCAGAGGUUUCAGUUUUGUAGCAACAGGAGCUGAAGAGCCGAGUGAACCUCCAAUACACACCAACACAUGUGUUAGCACAGUGCUACAGCAUCGUAGUGCGUUACUAUUCAGUGAUGCCUACGAUAUGAAGGAGGACAUUGGCGUCGGCUCGUACUCCAUCUGUAAACGCUGUGUAAACAAGAGCACAGGCAUGGAGUACGCUGUGAAGAUUAUCAAUAAAGAGAAGAGAGACCCUGCGGAGGAAGUGGAGAUCCUGCUGAGAUACGGACAGCACCCCAACAUCAUCACACUCAAAGAUGUGUAUGAUGAUGGACGCUCUGUGUUUCUGGUCACUGAGCUGAUGAAGGGUGGUGAGCUGCUCGAUAAAAUCCUGCGUCAGAAGUUUUUCUCAGAGAGAGAGGCCAGCGCUGUCUUGCACACCAUCACUAAGACUGUGGACUAUCUGCACGUGCAAGGGGUGGUACACAGAGAUCUAAAGCCCAGUAACAUCUUGUACGUGGAUGAAUCCGGAAAUCCUGAGUCCAUUCGGAUCUGUGACUUCGGAUUUGCGAAACAGCUGAGAGCUGAGAACGGCCUUCUGAUGACUCCAUGCUACACCGCUAACUUUGUCGCUCCUGAGGUGCUGAAGAAGCAGGGUUACGAUGAGGCAUGUGAUAUCUGGAGUCUGGGUGUGCUGCUCUACACCAUGCUCACAGGGUUCACUCCGUUUGCUAACGGUCCUGAUGACACGCCUGAUGACAUUUUGUCUCGCAUCGGCAGUGGAAGGUUCUCUCUCACAGGAGGAUACUGGAACUCUGUGUCCAACGAGGCCAAGGACCUGGUGUCUAAGAUGCUUCAUGUUGAUCCUCAUCAGAGACUCACGGCGUCUCAGGUGCUGCGUCACCCCUGGAUCAUCCACAAAGACCAGCUUCCUAAAUUCCAACUCAACCGCCACGAAGCUCCACAACUUGUCAAAGGAGCGAUGGCUGCCACUUAUUCGGCUCUGAACAGAAAUGUGACUCCGAUGUUGGAACCUGUCGGUUGCUCCACGUUAGCGCAGCGUCGUGGCCUCAAGAAGCAAACCUCAACUGCCCUCUGACCUCUUGAUCCCAAAUGAUAUCAGGUGCAGCGGACCAAAUCCUUCCGUGACAGAAGAGUGACUUUUCUCAUGCAGUUGUCACUGAUUAGAGGUUUCUACAGGAAAUCAGUGUGUGUUUUUACAGAUCAGCACUUUUAAUGUGUUUCUGUGGCAAAUUUCUGUACAGGAGGAAAAUAACGACAUUCUGAGAAGAGCUGUGUGUUUGAUUUUCUACUGUCUUUUUUUAUUUCCUGUGUUGAUUUGGGGUGUAUAAGAUGAUAAAUAUUAUAUUUUUUUCCAGUAGAGACACUUUUUUUAAAAAAAACACACACACACACACACACACAUCCCUGAGAACUCUGAUGCAAUCAAUAUUUCCAGUAUGCAAAUUUUAAGUGUGUUUUAAGAAUCUAUUUUUGUAUCUGUGUGCGUGCGCAGAACAUGUUCACCUUUCUAUGGGUUUCAGAUUGUCCACUGGUGUGAAAAAAGAUCAGCUGUUAAUAAUAAUAAUAAUAAUAAUAAUAAAGUCUUUACUGUCUCUUUUCUCAUGAUGAAA